GUUUGGUUCUGGGUGUGCCCCUUCUUUGGGAAUAUGUGCCCUGCUGUGGCUCUGCUCCUCACUCAGGGGUGGGUGUCCCGAGAGGGUUCUGCUGUGGGUCUGCCCUGUACUCAGGUGUGUGUGUGUCCCCAAAAUUCUGCUCAGGGUGUGCCCCUCACUCAGAAGUGGGUGCCCCAAAAUUUGGGAGAGUUCUGGUGUGGAUCUGCCCCUCACUCAGAAGUGGGAGUCCCAUAAUUCAGGAGAAUUCUGCUCUGGGUCUGCCCGUCAGUCAGGAGUGAGUGCCCCAAAAUUUGGGAUGGUUCUUUUAUGGGUCUUCCCCUCACUCAGGAGUGGGUGAGGAUUCUGUUCUGGAUCCUCCCCGUGCUCAGGAGUGGGAGCCUCAUAAUUCAGGAGAGUUCUGGUGUGGAUUUGCGCUGUGCUCAGGAUCCCGAAAUUUGUGAGAGUCUUCCUGUGCACCUGCCCCACUCAUGGCUGGGUGCUUUGGAAUGCUGUGGGUCGAUGGUCUUCUGUAAAGGGAGUUGGUAUUUUGUGCUCUGAAGGUUCUCCUGGCUGUUUCUGCAGCCUCUCCAAAGCUGUUUGGAGUUGUUUCAUCCUCACUAAUCCCAUCUGCUGGGACAGCACAGGGGGAUAGCCCAAAUUUUCCCAAAUUUGUGCAAAAUGGGUGAGCUCUGAGAGCUCCUUGAUCUCAGAGAACCCUCUCCCUGUGUCCUGCCGUGUUUGUUGUGCUCUGGGGGCUCCCCCCGUGCUUUGGGGGUGCUGCAGUGGCUCCAUGCGGCACAGCCCAUGGAGACGCAGGAGGUGGGCUGGAGUUGCCUCGGUAACGUUUGUGCUGCUGCAGGAAUGUUGUUGGUCCCUAAACCAGCAAGACCAGCCCUGGAUUUGCAGGAGGAUGAGGGCUAUUCGGAGUCGCCCGACCUGGAGUUUGAAUAUGCAGACACGGAUAAAUGGACAGCAGAGCUGUCAGAGCUGUACAGCUACACAGAGGGGCCAGAGUUCCUGCUCAACCGAAAAUGCUUCGAGGAGGACUUCAGGAUCCAUGUGCGGGACAAGAAGUGGCCGGAGCUGGAGCGGACGCAGCACCGCACGCACGCCAUGCGCCUGCUGGACGGGCUGGAGGUGACGGCGCGCGAGAAGCGGCUGCGCGUGGCCCGCGCCAUCCUCUACGUGGCACAAGGCACCUUCGGGGAGUGCAGCUCCGAGGCCGAGGUCCAGGCUUGGAUGAGGUACAACAUCUUCCUCCUGCUGGAAGUGGGAACGUUCAACGCCUUGGUGGAGCUGCUGAACAUGGAGAUUGACAACAGCGCAGCCUGUUCCAGUGCCGUGAGGAAACCGGCCAUUUCCCUGGCUGACAGCACCGACCUCAGGGUGCUGCUGAACAUCAUGUACCUGAUUGUGGAGACUGUGCGCCAGGAGGCCGAGGGGGACAAGCCUGAGUGGAAGAGCAUGAGGCAAACCUUCCGAGCAGAGCUGGGAGCCCCCCUGUACAACAACGAGCCUUUCUCUGUCAUGCUCUUUGGGAUGGUGACCAAAUUCUGCAGUGGCCACGCUCCUCACUUCCCCAUGAAGAAGGUGCUGCUUCUGCUCUGGAAGACUGUACUGUGCACCCUGGGAGGGUUUGAGGAGCUGCAGAGCAUGAAGGCAGAGAAGAGGGAGAUGCUGGGCCUGCCACCGCUGCCCGAGGACAGCAUCCAGGUGAUCCGCAACAUGCGGGCGGCCUCCCCGCCCGCCUCCGCCUCCGACCUCAUCGAGCAGCAGCAGAAGCGUGGCCGGAGGGAGCACAAGGCCCUCAUUAAGCAGGAUAACCUCGAUGCCUUCAACGAGCGGGAUCCGUACAAAGCUGAUGACUCCCGCGAGGAGGAAGAGGAAAAUGAUGAUGACAACAGCCUGGAGGGAGAGACCUUCCCCCUGGAACGGGAUGAAGUGAUGCCUCCCCCUACCCAGCACCCCCCCAGCGACCGCAUCACCUGCCCCAAAGGGCUGCCCUGGGCCCCCAAGGUCCGGGAGAAGGACAUUGAAAUGUUCCUGGAAUCCAGCCGCAGCAAAUUCAUUGGCUACACGCUGGGCAGUGACACCAAUACCGUGGUGGGCUUGCCCAGGCCCAUCCAUGAGAGCAUCCGCACCCUGAAGUUGCACAAGUACACGUCCAUUGCUGAGGUGCAGGUGCACAUGGAAGAGGAGUACCUGCGCUCCCCGCUCUCCGGAGGGGAAGAGGAAGUGGAGCAAGUCCCUGCAGAGAUCCUGUACCAGGGCCUGCUGCCCAGCCUGCCCCAGUACAUGAUUGCUCUGCUGAAGAUCCUCUUGGCUGCAGCCCCCACCUCCAAAGCCAAGACAGACUCCAUCAACAUCCUGGCGGAUGUCCUGCCCGAGGAGAUGCCGACCACCGUGCUGCAGAGCAUGAAGCUGGGCGUGGAUGUCAAUCGGCACAAGGAGAUCAUCGUCAAGGCCAUCUCUGCUGUGCUGCUGCUCCUGCUCAAACACUUCAAGCUCAACCACAUCUACCAGUUUGAGUACAUGGCCCAGCACCUGGUCUUUGCCAACUGCAUCCCGCUCAUCCUCAAGUUCUUCAACCAGAACAUCAUGUCCUACAUCACUGCCAAGAACAGCAUCUCCGUGCUGGACUACCCCUACUGUGUUGUGCAUGAGCUGCCGGAGCUGACGGCAGAGAGCCUGGAAGCUGGAGACAACAACCAGUUCUGCUGGCGGAACCUCUUCUCCUGCAUAAACCUCCUGCGCAUCCUGAACAAGCUGACCAAGUGGAAGCAUUCCCGCACCAUGAUGCUGGUGGUGUUCAAGUCGGCGCCGAUCCUGAAGCGGGCUCUGAAGGUGAAGCAGGCCAUGAUGCAGCUCUACGUGCUGAAGCUGCUCAAGGUGCAGACCAAGUACCUGGGCCGGCAGUGGAGGAAGAGCAACAUGAAAACCAUGUCAGCCAUUUACCAGAAAGUGCGGCACCGCCUCAACGACGACUGGGCCUACGGCAACGACCUGGACGCCCGUCCCUGGGAUUUCCAGGCAGAGGAGUGUGCCCUGCGUGCCAGCAUCGAGCGCUUCAACUCGCGGCGCUACGACCGCGCCCACGGCAACCCCGACUUCGUGCCCGUGGAUAACUGCCUGCAGAGCGUGCUGGGCCAGCGCGUGGACCUGCCCGAGGAUUUCCAGGUCAACUACGACCUGUGGCUGGAGAGGGAGGUCUUCUCCCGGCCCAUCUCCUGGGAGGAGCUGCUGCAGUGAUGGACACAGGGAGGCAGGAUGGGUUGCUUGGAGAGCUCGAGGCUGACCUGCUGUCAGGGCAGGGCGGUGAGGUCUGGGGGGGUCUGUGGGUGGCUGCUCUGUUGUGGUGGGCUUGGGAAGAGGAUGGAGCUGGGGGAUCCUUGCUGAGGCCACAUCCUGCCCCUCUGCCUCCUUCCAGGCUCAUCCCAAAGCUGAGGGUGCCCUGGGGGUUUCCUGUUGGGUGGGGGAUCCCUGCCCACCCCUUGUGAUGCUUUCAGAGGCACCACCCUUCUCGUGCCCCCCAGCCAAGAAGGGGGAGCAGGUGGCAGUGUGGGAGUGGGGUCCUUGGGUGGGACACCAGGCUGGCCCUGCCCAACUCCUCUGGGGAGUUAGGGGGCCUCUGGGGGCUUGAGGGGCUGGGGUGGCCUCUCCUCACCCCACAAGGGGUGCAGGAGCUGUAUAUAUAUUAUAUAUAUUUGGUGAUA